AAUUUUAAUAAAUUUACUAUAUUAAAAAAUACCAAAUUAUAAGAAAUACAAAAAUUUUGAAACGAAUUAAAAACAAAAAUGGAUUAUCGAGAUCAAAGAUACCCAAAUGAGGAUAAAUGGACUCAUAAUAUAGGGUGUGUCAAAUAUACGCUAUUCUGUUUUAAUGUUUUAUCAUGGAUAAUUGGUGCUGUAAUAUUUGGUCUUACAAUAUGGAUACGUGCUGGUUCGGGUUUCGACGAAUGGGUUAAUAUAUUAAAAAUUUCAGAAUAUUAUAUUGGAAUCUAUUUAUUAUUGGCCACAGCUAUAAUUAUAAUGGCAAUUUCAUUUUUGGGUUGUGUUAGUGCUCUAAUGGAAAGUGGAUUUGCUCUUAUGUUAUUUAUUGUAUCACAAGUUGUUACAUUCCUUUUAGUAACUGUUGGUUCAGCAGUUCUAUUAGAAUUUAGUACUGUUAAUUCGAGUAUACAACCAUUGAUUCGUGAUACAAUGAGAUCUUUAAUAAUGAAUUCAAGAUAUAAACCAGCUGGUGAUACAUUAAGAAUGAUACAGGAAAAUGUUGGAUGUUGUGGUGCUGAUGGUCCUCGAGAUUAUCGACAAUUACAACAACCAUUACCAAUGGAAUGUCGUGACACAGUAACUGGAAAUGCUUUUCAACAUGGUUGUGUAGAUGAAUUAACAUGGUUUUUAGAAGAUAAAUCUGUUUGGAUUGUUGGCUUAGCAAUGUGUGUAGCAUUUUUAGCUGUAAUACAAAGUGUAUUAAGUUUAUUACUAAUUGAAAUGGUCAAAAAAGAAGAAGAAGAAGCUAGUAAUUAUAGACGUUAAAAAAAAAAUAAUAAUAUAAAACAUCUAGCAUUAUUCUUCGUAUUAAGUCCAUUUAAUUAUUUCUUCUUUUUUACAAAAGCUUCAAAUUUAAUAUCAUAUAAUAUUAAUCAUUCGAAAAAUUAAAGAAAACACAAAAUUAUAGAAUUAAGGCUUUUUAUUCCGCACCUCUCACAAUAUUAUUUUUUUCAAUGUAACUUUUGGAAAGUGUUCAUUAUUUUGUGGAGAAAAUGACAAAAUUCGAUGACUACUGAUGAGAAAAUGCCAUGAAAAUUAUCGAAAAUUUAAAAAAAGAAAAUGCAGUACAAUUUUUAAUUAAAAUGCAAGCAAAAAUUACGACAAUUUAUUAUUUUUUUUUAAAUAAUUAUAUUUUUAAAUUUGUUCAUUACUUUCGAAAGAAAAUUUUCUAUUAAAAUAGUAAAUAAAGUCAUAAUGUAGAUUUUAG